AUGCCUGAAUCAACCAGCCUUACAUUUAACCUGCUCCCGGAUUCUAUCCGGCAAUGCUCUGCCAUCGGAGCCGAAGUGCAACUUCCUCCGGGAAUGUCCAAGGUAGAUCUGGACCGUCUGACAGAAAACGACAAAGAGACGCUGCGAAAAGCUCUUUUUGAAAACCAGGUUAUUGUCAUCCGAGACCAAAAAGGAAUCGACCCCACUGUCCUCCCACAAUUAGCCAAGGUCUUUGACCCGAGUGCAUCGGAUGUUCACUCCGCUGGAGAGAAAGCUGUGAGCGAUCCGAAGAACAUUCUCUCUGCCUACAAGGCUGGAAGAAUUCCCAAGGCCCCCCAAGUCGGAAUCAUUGGGUCUGGAACAUUCCAUGAUUACGAAGGUCUUAAGGAAUUAGAAGUCAUUCAUCUGGACCACACAUUGUUUCACGAGAAGCCUCUUGCGCAAGAAGAGAUUGACCAGGGCUUCACUCGCCCCUAUAGGUGGCACAUGGAUACCCCGUUCUAUGAGCGGUUGCCCGGUGAAGUCACCAUCCUGCACUCGAUUCGUAUUCCAAAUCUGCCCGAUCAGAAGAUCAAAUUUCCGGAUGGAAAGGAAAAGGCUAUUGGUGCUGGUGCUACAGCCUUUUUCUCGGGUGCCCGCGCUUUUGCACUUCUUACUCCUGAAGAGCAGGAGUUCGCUCUGAACACUACUGUCACAUAUGCCCCACAGGCCUAUGAGUAUAUUAGGCAGUGCAAGGCUUCUGAUGAUGGCCUUACUAUUCCCACACUAGGAAGUGAGAUGCCAGUUGAGAAGUUGUCUGAAUGGAGUUGGGAUAAAGUUGCGGAACAUCCCAUGGUUUGGCGUAAUCCACUUAACCCUGACAGGCCAUUCCUUCAAGUCCACGGGUGCUGUGUCUAUAAACUGAGCACACGCAAUCCAGCCACAGGAGAGGUAACGGUCAUUGACGAUGUCGAAGAAGUCAGGAACGUGGUGUACAACAUGCAGAAGAAGAUCUACGCGGCCGAGAACAUCUACGCCCACCGCUGGGAGGAAGGUGAUUUAGUCAUCUUCCACAACCGCGGCGUUAUGCACAGUAUCACUGGGCAAUUAUCCCAGCAUAAGCAUGACGAAGACAAGAAGCGUAUGCUGUGGCAAUGCACAAUGACAAGUGUAACACCGCCUAAGCCAUUCAGAAGUCAUGAAGGGGUCAAUGAUACUGGAUAUGUCAGAACCUAG